GAGAAACCAGAGACUGUAGCAACUCUGGCAGGGAGAAGCUGUCUCUGAUGGCCCGAAGCUGUGGGCAGCUGGCCAAGCCUAACCGCUAUAAAAAGGAGCUGCCUCUCAGCCCUGCAUGUCUCUUGUCAGCUGUCUUUCAGAAGACCUGGUUCUAUUUUUCAGGUGGGGCAAGUCCGUGGGCAUCAUGUUGACCGAGCUGGAGAAAGCCUUGAACUCUAUCAUCGAAGUCUACCACAAGUACUCCCUGAUAAAGGGGAAUUUCCAUGCCGUCUACAGGGAUGACCUGAAGAAAUUGCUAGAGACCGAGUGUCCUCAGUAUAUCAGGAAAAAGGGUGCAGACGUCUGGUUCAAAGAGUUGGAUAUCAACACUGAUGGUGCAGUUAACUUCCAGGAGUUUCUCAUUCUGGUGAUAAAGAUGGGCGUGGCAGCCCACAAAAAAAGCCACGAAGAAAGCCACAAAGAUUAGCUGAGUUACUGGGCCCAGAGGCUGGGCCCCUGGACGUGUACCUGCAGAAUAAUAAAGUUAUCAAUACCUCA